AUGCCAUUCAAAAGCCUCUCCUCAUUGGGCCAACGGUUUCUUUUAAAUCGGAUUGCCAGGAGAACGCUCUUUAUUCAUUCCGAGGCAACGCCAAAUCCAAGCUCUAGAAAAUUUAUUCCCGAGGAAAACGAUUCUAUUGUACCGUUUUUUAAAAACGAAUCAUCUUCCUCCCCUGCUUUCGAAUGGGGGCUGAAGGAGAACAAAAGAGAGUUGGAAUUACUUUAUAACACCAGCGGAAGAAAUCCGCCAAAAAGACUAACCACGCUAGCAAACGAACUGUUGCAAUUGGAUGGGAUUUCCAGAAUAUUUAUUGGAGUCCGUUUUCUAACAGCUACAAAAGGCCCGGAAACAUCUUCAGACUGGGCCCAUUUAUCGCCUAGAAUCACCUCCAUCUUGGAUUCAUACUUUACAACAACGCCAACAGAAACAGCGCUCGAUGAGGGAAACUUUAUUGCGCCAGAAACGCUACAACGUGAAAAUGGGGCCACCGUCGACUCUGACCACGAGGAGGUAACCAAGAUGGUGAUAGAACUUUUGGACACAAAAGUUCGUCCAUACGUUCAGAGCGAUGGAGGGGAUAUUGCCUUUAUCGACUAUUCCGAUGGGAUUGUUAGAGUAAAACUCCACGGGGCGUGUUCGUCAUGUGCAUCUUCCAGCGAAACCCUGAAGAGGGGAGUCGCUGCCAUGAUGAAAUAUUACAUCCCAGAGGUUUUUGAUGUUGUUGACGUAAAUGAAGAGCCAGGCGGGCUUGAUAGCGCGUCUUUGGAGGCUUUUGAGGCCUUUGAAAGUGAGCUGAAGAAUAAAAAUAAUUAG